GGAGACUGAAGGAAGCGGAGUGUGUGCAGAGAGGGUUAAUGCAGGUUACACAUUGGUGUAAAUCAGAGAUAAAGCCAAUACAGAAGACUCUGCUCUAGGAUCACAGUGAAUAGUGUAACACAAUGCUGGUGUGCUGAUCUGUGGGGGGCGUGUCCCACUCAGGCCUCUAGCAUUCUCAUUGGCUCAAUCCUCUUCCUGGAUAUAACUGCUGUAUCCCUCCGCCGCACUAUUUCUUGUGCACAGGGGAGAAGACACAGGGGAGAAGUCAGUCUGCUGGAAUCACCGGGAACUCCAUGUUCAAGGUGUCGUACUGCAGGGUAUAAUUCUCCUGUAGCUCAGAGGUCUUAAAGAUGAACAGGAUCACAAGAGAUGGAUUACGUGAAAGGCAAGUUGUCCAGAAGAACCUCAACCAAACCCAAAGUUUCACAGUGAGAGCACCAUUUACAUACAAUGAAUCUGGCGCAUCGUCCAACCAGGACACUAAAACCCUGAGAGUUCAGAAAUAUCCCACAGACAUGAGGCCUUCUGUUCCCAAUACACAAAAGAAACAAAAAUGUCACACAAAGAAACCCCGGAAUCUCACUUUCAAUGAAGCAAAGUCAAAAUCAUCAGUCGCUGGAAAGAGGUCUGGUUUCUCUAAAGUCCAAAGUGUUGUGAAACCUUUUAUCUGCAUAAAAUGUGAGAGGAGAUUCUGCAGCAGAAGGAACCUUCUCACCCACCAGAGAAUCCACAUGGGGAGGAGGUUUGUCUGCUCUAAAUGUGGGAAAUGUUUCUCAUACAGGAAGAUCCUCAUAGCUCAUAAUUGGCUUCAUACUGGGAGGAAACCCUUCACCUGUACUGAAUGUAAUAAGGGCUUCUUAUGGAAGAGAGACCUUGAGAAUCAUCAUCAUGUCGCAGAAUCCAAACCAAUAGUCUGUGAUCUAUUGAAUAAGGAAGAAGAGAAGCCACUUGUCAACAGUGAUUGUGGGAAAAACUCCAGAGAGAAGAGGAAACGCAAAGUUCAUCAUUAUAAAGAAGAGAAACCAUUUGUCUGCAAAGAGUGUGGGAAUUCCUUCAGUAACAAGCACACCCUUGACAUUCAUUUCCGCAGCCACACAGGAGAGAGUCCGUUUGUCUGUAUUGAGUGUGGGAAGAGCUACAAGAGUCAGAGUAAACUCGCUGUUCAUUUCAGGAUUCAUACUGGAGAGAAACCAUUUACCUGCCAGCACUGUGGGAGAAGCUUCAGGGAUGGAGAUGUUCUCAAACAUCAUAUUUUGACUCACACAGGGGAGAAACCAUUCGUCUGUACUGAGUGUGGGAAAAGCUUUACCAAAAAAUAUUAUCUGAAAUCUCAUGUUUAUAUUCACACCGGAGUGAACCCAUUCAGUUGCACUCAGUGUGGAAAAAGCUACAAGAAGAAGAGGGAAUUAGUCCUUCAUCUUAAAAUUCACGAAGGAAAGACUUUCCCAUGCACAGAGUGUGACAAAUCCUUCCCAGCACCCUGGCAGCUCAAAAGGCACCAAAUGGUGCACACCGGGGAGAAACCAUUCAAGUGUUCAGAGUGUGGGAAAGGCUUCCGGGAAAAAGGAAAGCUGGACUUGCAUUAUCUCAUCCAUACGGGCCUUAAACCUUUCGCAUGUUUGGAGUGUGGGAAACAGUUUAGAUGGAAGGCUGAGUUCCAAAAUCACCGGUCGGUACACACUGGGGAGAAACCAUAUGCCUGCACUGAGUGCGGGAAAAACUGCGCAAGUAACAGCGAUCUAAGUAAUCAUCUUCGGCUUCACACAGGAGAGAAACCGUAUGCCUGCACUGAGUGUGGGAAAAGUUUCCGGAUUAAGAGUGAACUCGCCAUUCACCGUCGGACUCACAUAGGGGAGAAGCCGUUUGGCUGCACUGAUUGCGGGAGACGGUUUCUACUUAAAAGCAGCCUCAGCGCACAUCAGCGCGUUCACACCGGAGAGAAACCCUUUGUCUGUGCCGAGUGCGGGAAAAGCUUCAAGGACCAGAGUUCCCUCAAGCACCAUUUACAGACUCACAUCACGGUUUCUGGGACACAGUCAAGAAAAAGAUAAAUGUUUGAAAAUUGUUUUGUGCUCAAUUUGGGGCUUUUUUUAUGUUAUUUUCAACAGAUUUGCACUUAAAUAUCUGCAACAUUUUGCUCAAUUCUAUUUGAAUUUACUCUUAUAACAUUCCUAUAAUACUUUCUUCAAGUAAGUAAGACAUUUUUAUUUUGUCUUCCAAAAAAAAUAGGUUUUUAUCACAGUUGUAAAAGUAGUAAAAUGUUUUGUUGAAAAAUCCGUUGAUAAUUCAUAAACGAGAUGAAAAUGAGAAAAAUGAUUGACAUCUUGUAAAACAGGAUUUUUAAAUAUAACCCGUCGAGUGAAUGUGGACGGUUUCAGCCGACGGUAGAGACUAUGGAGCCUAUUUCUGGCCUCUGUCACAAAACUAAAUAGAGAUAAAGGCCACUCAGACAUAAAGUAUAGAGACAUAUUAAUCAGAGUGAGACUACAGCUCAGCCAAGUUUACCAAUACGAGUAAGUUCACUCUUUAAAGGAACAGUUCAGUGUAAAAAUAUAAACUGGGUAAAUAGACUGUGCAAAAUAAAUAAUGUAUCUAAUAUAGUUAGUUAGGCAA